AUGUAUACGGAUGAGGUUUGCAAAAGGCUUCCAUACGCAUUCGUCUGGUCGCUCUAUCACCCUCUCCUCGACACGUCAAUCACCCGGAAUACGACGAAUGAUAAAACCACGUUCAGCAUCACACUUUCUGACGGCGCUCGCUACGACAACCUUAAGCUCGGGUUUACUGGCUCAGUGCCUGGACGACAAACCACGAUCUUCUUCAAGCCGGAUGACUCUUGCACGGUGAUCAAGGAGCAAUACAUCGAUAGCGAUCGGCGAUUUUUUGAAGGAUCCAUCUUGAAAAUUAUCCACGCUAGUGGCGAUUUUCCUGGAUUCGUGCGGCUCAAGUGGUCAGAGUAUGUGAAGAAUGGGGGCCAAAGGCUUGCUGUCUCGAAGAGGAGCACAACUCGCUUCAAAACGCGACUGGUGAUGCAGGAUAAGGGUACUCCUCUCGACUCGGUGAAAACCGUCCGAGAGCUACUCAUGAUCCUUUAUGAUGUCUUAGAGGUGACACGCAUUCUGCACCGAACUUGGCACAUCAUUCAUCGAGAUAUCAGCCCAGGGAACAUCCUGGUCACUGACAGUGCGCGCUCAUUUCCCAACACAUCUCAGACAAGUGAUCUGUCGUUCUCGGAGAGCAUCAUCAAACCUGGGUCGGAACCCACUCGGACACGCUUAUUGCUGGCCGAUUUUGAGUUUGCUGAGGACAAAAGGUAUGAGGAGGGGGUGCCCAUAUUCAUGGCAUGUAUGCUUCGUAGCAAGAUCUACCCUGCUGGCAAACAUGACCUGCCUCCUAUUCCGGCCAUCCAUUCCGGCCUAUAUCAGCACUAUAAACAAAGGUAUCCGGAGCGCAUGAAAUGGUUUGGUCAAAAUAAUACAGAGCAGGAAGUCAAGAUUCCCAAAGGAUCGACGUUGUCCGACUCCAAAUUCGAACACCAUCUCCGAUAUGAUGCCGAAUCUGUCUUUUGGGUACUUACUUGGUGGCUCAUACGCGCCAAACCCCAAGACGAUAAACGCUCUCCUCACAUCCCACACCCGUAUUGGGACAAUCUGACAUCCGAAGAAGACUCGCGUCAUGAUUAUUUUAUUUCUAGGAGUCAAAUUAACUCGGAUUCAUUUCAUCCCGCAUACAAAGCUCUUUACGACCUCUGGGAUGACAUGCGGGAACAUCUGGUGGCCGACUUUGAUCACUCAAAGGACGAGAUGAAAAAGCAUCCAGAAUACCUGCACGAAGUCUUUCAAAGGCUCAUCCUCAACUUUUUGCACUAUAAAACCGAAAGAAAAUGA